UGUAGGUUUCUGUUGCAUGCAGGAGAAUCGAGGCAGGGAGCAGGCGUGAUGCGGGGCCUGCGUGGGCUGCCGGGGUUUCUGUGGAGGGACGGCUACACCGCCGCGCUACGCCGCCGCGCUUUGCCACGCACGGAGGGACCCUGCUCCCCGUCUAGCCUGCGGGCGCUCUCACAGGAUUUCCACCCUAUUUAUUCUUGCUUUUCAUCCUCAUUUCUCAUGAGCAUCCUUCAUCACAGUUGUAAGAUUUCCCUGUACUUGACAAAUUAACUGGAUUUUUAAUAACCUGACAGACCAAAAAAGCAAUUUUUAUGGGCAGUUUGGUGCUUUGACCAUUUGUGAUUUUCAGUGCUCUGCAAAGCAGGAUUAAUUAAACAGCCCUGUGAAGACUAAUUUGCAAUCAUUAGGAGGGUGGACAGGAAGGAGGACAGGUGGUCGUCCCUUUAAAUACCUUUCAACCCUCCCUCCCUCUUCGCUGCAGGUACAGAUGUGGGAAGGACAUUUUCCCACUUAUCUCCUUUGGAUUUCAUUGUCUUUUUGAUGGGACUGGAGAAACAGAAGAGAUGAAGUGUUGAAGUCUGUUGCUCUGGUUUGGUGACUGACAGAGAGAUUCAUUUCUCAUUUUGUGUCUGUCUGCAUACCUGCUUGUGGCAUUUCAAAACCAUCUCUUUCUUUUUCUCUUUUUUUUGUCUCUUUGAGUACACAACCCAUUUGCAUUGCCUGUGUGUUUCACAUGAACUGUUAGUAGUGGUAAGGUGAGGGUUUGGCACUAAGUCAUCCUUUCCUGUUCAGGAGAAAGAUAACAGUGGGUGAGAGGUGGGUAAUUUUUUUGUUUGUUUAGCACCUGAUGUGUCUGAGACAAACACACAUGCACACAAAUGCACAAUUCAGUUUUACUUCUGCAGUGACUGACAAUUCACAUUUUCUUAACCUUUUAAUGUCUGUAUGUAUGAGAGAGGAUUAAAUCUAAUAAAAGCAGUAGCAGAUCGCUGAGUUUCACACUGAAGGAAAGACCUGAACAAGGUUUAACCCAGCACCUGUUUGCUACAAAGGUGAAAAAGGAGACUGUUCUCACUGAUAUCCUGACUGUUUCGGUUUUUUGAAGGAUUAAGAUUACACUCUGAGGUUCGGCUGCAUUGCACACGGCAAACAGAGAAAUAUACUUUAUUCUGCUGUACACCCUUUUACGUGGAUUGAAAUAUAAAUGCCAGUGCAGAUUAGAAAGUUAAAACUGUUGUUUUGGAAUAGAUUUAAAAUGAGGCAUUGUAGAUAAUUAAUACGAGUCAAAAGAAAAAAGAAAAAUCAGAACAGACAUAUUGCACAUAAACAUAAAUAUUAUCACUGGGUUAAAUACAGAUUUUACAGGUAAAAGAAACAGAUCAACAAGGAAGCAAUUUUUUAUUUUUUUUUGUAGUUUGUGUUAUUCUGUGAUUGGUAGCAGGCACAUAAAUGAUUCUUUUAACAUAUUCUGUUAGUUCUUUCAGACAAGGGAUUGUUUUAAGCCUCCUGGAUCAAUGUCAUGACUUGGGUGUGCAUUGUGUUUCCCUGGUAAGCAGAAAUCAAGAGGCAGGCUUUCCUAUUUAGCCCGAGAUAACGGAUUUUACAUCAUGACAGCCACACGUAGCAAGUGCUUAUUUUGUUAUCACCAUAUAUUUUCCUGGAUUUCGAUUUUGUCAUUGACAGAUUGAAUAAUUCAUAGAAGUUCUAGCUGAUGGGUUUUUGGCUGAUUAAACUGACGCAUACAAGCUACAAGUUAAACCGUGAUUCAAUUACAGUGAGGGCAAUAAGUCACUGCUGCAAAUAUGGAAUGUACACUUCAUCUGGAAUAUUGAUUUGGAAAACAUCAAGUUAAACAUAUGUAAGCACUUGAGUAGAGGACUGAGUAAGUCCAACAGAGCACAGUAAAUUGCAGUGGGACAGGACUUAAAUGUACACUAACGUUAAAUAAAGUAAAAGCCUUUCUGACUGUGAUCAUGUAAACUGAUGUUUAAAUUCAAGAGCUAUAAGGAUUUUAACCAUUGUACUGAGAGAAAAAGGUAUAGAUGGUAAAUAGCUAUUGAUUAACCUGAUUAAUUGGUCUACUUAAAGAUUAAAAGGAACCACAGCAACAGUGACUCUGGAACAUCAACACAAAAAACAAAUGUGACAUUUUAUGAAAAUUCUGUAGUAUUUUUAGCAAAUGAAGCAGCGGGUGAAGAACAAACAUUUGACGGAUUAUUUCUCUGUUGAUUUACUCUUAAUCCGACAGAGGAAAUCCAAACAGCGGCUGUCUGUUUGCAGAAAGCCAUCACUAAGGUGCUAAAUGAAAAUAUCACUCUGUCCUGCAAAUCACUAGUGUAUUCAGAUAACAGGGGUACAGUGUACUGUAGAAAGCCCAGUGACAUUAUUAAAUGUAAUUGUAAAGGAAUGUGAAUAUUUUGCUUGCCAGGUUGUAAGGGUCCGAAGACCAAAUGUAUAAAAAGUAUAUGAACGAGCAUUGAAAGUCUUAAAUGGUCACAUCUGAAUAAGUAUAUGACCUUUGGGAAAUGGAGCUGGGACUGUGGGAAAUGUAAAUACGUAAAGCUUUGCCUGAUUUGUGAGCCCACCUGUGUCUCAGUCUGAAUCCACCUCUCCAAUAGCCUCACUCUUUCAUUUUCUACCACUUUCUCAUCCAUAAAUUUCUCCACACUUUUUUUCAAACCAAAGCCAGCAAACAGACCUCUAAAACUAAUUGAACGCAGAUCCACAUGCGUGAAAUGCAAGCAGCGUGUUGCUGUGUUUAUCCCAGUGAAGGAAGUCGACUUCAUGGAGACACACACAUCAUGAUAAUGCUGGAGCACCUCCCAGCUAAAGAUGUGCUUCUCAUUAACUGCAUCUGUCUCUCAUAUCUUGUAUUUAGAUAAGUAUUUGUAUUUAAAUUUAAGCUGCAGGACUAGUUAAGACACCAGCUAAGGGACUGGGAAUCUAACAACACAGAAUUACAGUUUCCAGUAUGUUAAUACGCAGAUUAUGUGAACACUUUUCGAAACAAUUUCAAUUUGAUGAUUAUUCUUGAGUAAGAAACAAGAUAAGUGGCUGUCAGAGGACAGAAGAUGGACAACGGUGGAGAACAAUAACAAGGACAAUAGCAAAUCAGUCUUAGUGGGAUAUUGUUUAAUCUUGGGGUGCAGACAAACUCACACAUCACACCCCAUCACACCCGGCUUCCGGGAGAAAUUUACAGUUGCACAACUGGAUUACUUGCAGGCCUGGACAUUUUAUGGACUUUAAUGAGUGAAUUGGAGGACUCUUGUCUCUGAAGAGGAAGAAAGCAGAGGAUUCAUAUCUCUGGUCUGGUUUGGACUUCACUGGCUUCAAGGCACAAUGGGGUGCAACAUGUGUGUGAUGCAGAAGCCGGAGGAGCAGUACAGAGUCAUGUUCCAGGUUAACGGGAAGGAGCUGUCCCGGCUGUCUCAGGAGCGGCCCGCUGGGAGCCUACGUGCCAUGCGGGACCCUCUCCUCAUCCAGGUGGUACGCAGGGGGCCCAGGAGAAAAGGGAGCAGCGGGGGGCCGAUGGUCACCACCGGGGCGGCGAUGGUGAGCGACUGCACGGACAGCAGCACCCAGACCGACAUCAGCUUCCAGCACAUGCAGAGUGUGGGCAGAGCAGGUCACUCCCGCGCUGGGCCCCCACUGCCUCCUCCUUCUCCUCCACUCCAUCCUGUCCUGGAGCCGUACCUGCUGAAUGACCUUCCCCACCUACAGCAGGACUACUAUGACCCCAAUGACUACUUUGACAGCUCUCACCACGAGGUUGACAGACAGGAUGAGUUUGAAUAUGAGGAGGUAGAGCUGUACAAGUCCUGUCAACAGGACAAGCUGGGAUUGACUGUGUGCUACCGCACUGACGAUGAGGAGGAUCUGGGCAUAUAUGUUGGAGAGGUCAAUCCCAAUAGCAUAGCUGCAAAGGACGGCCGUAUCCGAGAAGGAGAUCGAAUACUGCAGAUCAAUGGAGUGGACAUACAAAACAGGGAGGAGGCAGUAGCGAUCUUGACCCGAGAGGACAGCACCAACAUCUCCCUGCUGCUCGCUCGGCCUGACAUGGAGAAUGACAACCAGUUAGAUCCAGAUGAGCUGAACUUGGACAGGCAAGCUGCAAUGAGCGCGGAAGUCCAAGCCCUAGACAACGCUGCCCACCUGGCCAGCCCCCAAAGGCCGAGAAAAGCCGGCAUACACCGGGCCGGGGGGCAGCUGAGCCGGUGUGGUGAGGCGGUGGGCUGCAGCCGGAGCCCCUACAGGGAGACGCCAGCCCUGAGCCCCAAUCCCCUCAGCAACAGCCAGGAGCUGGACAGCGGCGUGGGACGCACGGACGAGAGCACCAGGAAUGAGGAGUCCUCGGAGCAUGACCUCCUGGGGGACGACCACACCAGCGCCUCCAACACGAAUGCCACCAACACGCCCGGCAGCAUGCGCAAGUUUAUUGGCAGCAGGGGGGACACCCCACCCCUGCUUCACUCCCGGGAGCUUCACUUCAGCACCGACUCGCUCCUGGGGCUGGAGGGCGGAAGUGGGGGAGGCUACAGCCACGAUCCAGCACUGAUGAUGCCGGGGCUGACCGAGGAGGAGUGUGAGAGGUACCGCGAGCUCCUGGAGAUCAAGUGUCACUAUGAGAAGAACGGGAAUGCGCUGCUGAUGCUGGGUCGCGGGGUAGGUGGGGGCGGGGCUGGGGUGGCGGGCAGGCUGGAUGUCAACCGCAAUGAGAGCCUGGUGCAGCACGAGAUGGCUUUGCUGGAGGAGGAGCUGCGCCACCUGGAGUUCAAGUGCCGCAACAUCCUGCGAGCGCAGAAGAUGCAGCAGCUGCGCGAGAGGUGCAUGAAGGCCUGGCUGCUGGAGGCAGCGGUGGCGGGCAGGGCCCACGGAGCCACUGAGCCAGGGGUCGCAGAGGACCCCUCACACCACGAGCUGUCCGACAUCACGGAGGUGCCGGAACGGGAGCGCUCGGACAAGGACAGCAGCAGCGCAUACAACACGGGGGGCGAGAGCUGCCGCAGCACGCCCUUAGCCAGCGAGCUGCUCACCCCCCACUGCACCCAUGAGGACGAGCCCCGGGACCUUUCAGCCAGCGCCAGGCACACGGAGAGGGCAGGCCAGGCCAGCAACCUUAACCAUUCCUAUUUCCUCAGCAUGAACAGCAAGAGGGCUGUGCAGGAGGGUGACGAGGACAUGGCCAAGUUCCGAUCUCUGUCCCAGGAUGACAGUGCUAGGAGGGGUUCUGAAGUAGGACUGAGGAGGAGCCCUAAGGGCAGCGGGACGAUGGACAGGCGGGGUGGGCGCAGCGCCGACAACAGCCCCUACUUCUCCCGGCGUCAGCAUGUGGCCAAACCGCCAGCACGCUAUCAGAGCUGCGUGCAGCUGAGGUCCCCUUCAGCUCCCAUGGACCUCACAGUGGAUGGUGAGGAGGCCACAGCCGAGGAAGAACAUGAUGGCCAGCUCAACCCGAACCCACUGAGCACCAGCGCAGAGGCUGUGGAGAGCAGGCGGGCCCCACUGCCGUUAGCCCUGCCCCCUGUGUCCCCGCGCAUGGAGUGGAAGGUGAAGGUGCGCAGUGACGGCUCGCGCUACGUGGCCAAGCGGCCUGUGAGGGACAGGCUGCUGAAGGCGCGGGCCAUGAAGAUCCGAGAGGAGCGCAGCGGCACCACGACGGACGACGACGCCAUCAGCGAGAUGAAGAUGGGCCGCUACUGGAGCAAGGAGGAGCGCAAGCAGCAGCUGAUGCGUGCCCGCGAGUACCGGCGCCGCCGCGAGUUCAUGAUGCAGAGCCGCCUGGAGUGCCUACGCGAGCAGCAGGGCGCCACCGGCGCCGACAGGGCCGGCCAGCAGGGGGCUCCACAGGAGGCCAGCAUUCUGGAGCUCAGUCAACGAAAGAGUAUGAAGAAACGCAGCAGGAGGAUCCUGGACAACUGGAUCACCAUCCAAGAGCUUCUAGCUCACGGCAGCCGCUCUGCGGACGGAAAGAAAGUGUAUAACCCCCUCCUGUCGGUGACUACUGUGUGAGAAAGGAAGGAAAUAUGCAAAGAGACAUGAUAGAUGAAAGACUAGAAGGAGGACAGGCAGCCUGUGUAAAGGGCAGGUGCCGUGCUAAAGCAGACACCCUGCUGGGGUAGAACCGACUGACCGUAUGGUGGUGACCCAUAAACAAGGACAUUUACUGGCCUUAAAAAUUAAGCAUUCGCUUACCACUGUGUUUUAUCUGUUACCUGGGCAACCAAUCAACCACUUACGGAUACAUUUAUCCAAGGAGGUAACAUUAAGCUCCAGAGGAGCUGGCGGAGGAGCUCAGUGAUGUGUAGACACAGGCGGAGCUGCUCAGUGAUGUGUAGACACAGGCGGAGCUGCUCAGUGAUGUGUAGACACAGUGCAGAGGGACCCAAGGAUGCAGCCAGAGCCCUAUUAACAUGCAUCGCAGGCUAAAAGCACAAACUGAUCAUAUUUACCGGAGAACGUCACAUGUGAAUUACCAUUAACAUCUUGCUAUUAAUAUUGAAAUGAAAGUCAAGCCUUCAGCAAGAAAUUUAAAUGAUCACUAGAGCACACAGGGACUCUGGGGGCGUUACAGACUCCUAACAGUGACUUCUGAUCUGAUUAGGAUUCUGUAUCUGGCUGCAUAUCAAUGUAGCUUAAUGUCGUUAUGGCAUGCUAUCGGGUCAAAUAGGCCCUUUCGUGAGAAAAUAAGCCAAACAGGAAGGGAAAGGACCAUGGUCCACUUCACGUAAGGAAGCAGGUGCUUAGACCUUAAACCUUUAAAGUUUACAAUCAUUUAAGACUGUGGAGAACUAAAGAAAUAUGAUGAUUCCAGGGUUAGAGAUGUUUGUGAUAGCAUAUGAGCAUUAAGUGAGACACUUAGUGCACUAUAUGUGUGUGAUGUGUCGUCUCUAAAUGUCCUAAUUACUUAAUGGUCAUAUGAUGUCACAUGGUGACACUUAUCUGUGUUAUUUAAGCGGUUUAUGACAUCAUCUUUAACUAGAAAUCUGAACUGUUUUUACAUUUUAGUCUUUUACCUGAAACUUUGUGCACAAAAUUAAAGUGAAACGUUUUGAAAUAGCACAUGCGAGACCCCAAUAUCCCGCUGCUUUGUGCCUCUUUCUGUACAUUUAAUUAUUAGAACAUUUACGACAAAGGACUCAAUACGUCAUGACAAAGACAAAUACGUUUUUAAACCAGUUGGGCUCUGCUGGUCUAUCAUCAAGCAUCAAACGCCUUAAAAAUACUCCAAGUCAGUGUUUCCCAACUUGGCCCUUGGGAAUCAAAAAUGUGGUUCCGUCUGGCAGGGAGCUGGAAGGGAGAAAAGACUUGGACUGUCUGGGGCUCCCCGAGGACCAGACUGGGAAGUGCCGGUCUAAGUCUAUACUCAACUCACGAGAGCCCAUCACCCUUCUGAUUUAUUAAUAACCAUUUACAUCCCCGAGGAAACCAUUUACCAGCUCGACUGGCAGCCAGGCAAAGACAGCGGAAUGUGCUCCACAAAGUAAAGGCACAAUAGUAGGUAGGUAAACACUGACGUAAAAGCACAGUGACCUUGGCAAUGGAAGCACACAACAGAUACUCACAGGAGAGACAAGCAGACAGCAGACGGACUCAGGAGAAUGACAGCUUGUGUUUUCAGCAAAUAGCAGGAUAAAAGACCCCAGACAUGCCAGGGGGAUCACAUUCAAAUAUCAUUUACAUUCAAAUAUCAUUCAUGUUGCUGCAUUGCCAGAAUAGAAGUGUGCACCACCAUUUAGAACAAAAACACAAGAGAGAAAGAGUUCAAUGUAGAGAAACUUCACUCUGUAAGUGACUUGCAUGGUGUUAAUGUUUAGCACAAAAUAAGCUUUGGGGGGGAGUGGAUGGGGGGGGGGAAAUGCGUUGUAUAUACUUUUAAAUUCUGCUAUGUGCUGCUGAGGAAUUUGUGCAUUGUCUAUUUUGUCAGCGUUUGUGUGUACGACUGAACAUCCCUUGUUUUAUUUAAGAAAAGGAAAGUAGUAUCAACGGUUGUUCAAAGUGCAAAUAUUACUCGUGAUGUUGAUAAAUGUUCUGCGACAAGAAGCAUUUUAAAAUAAAGCCGUUUUAUAUGCACAUAUACA